AUGCUCGAGAGCCGAGAAGGCCAAUCCAAACGAACAUCCUCACCAGCGUCCAAGAGUCCAGAGCCCACACCCAAACAUGAAAAGUCUACAGAUUGGCCAGACUCUCUCCAAGAUAUCCAAGGCCUACUUUCGCAGAUUGAGCAGACAAAAAGCCGGCUUCAAGAAUAUCUCUCCAGCAUAUCUACUGUCGCCCAGGAAGCUCAGGCUCCAAUCGUCAAGCCCUGUGAUUCCUGGUCGUUUCAAAACACGAACGAGAAUGACUUGCACACGCUAUUCCAGGGUCUUGACAAGCUCGAGUCAACUCCAAAUCUCGUUUCGCUCAACACCACCAAUCUUUCGAAUACCGACUACUUCAGUGAUGUUUCCACAACUCAUAAUAUUGCGAUGAUGAAGACUCCCUUGCUUGGACCCCAGAUGACACCACCAGGAAGUGUAUCGUCACGAUCUUGUAAGCCAUUUCUCCCUCGGUUUCUUGCAACAUCAAAUCUGACAAGCAACCAAGCAGUAUGCAACAACAACUUCACGUUGGAUCAAAGUCUCAACAGAUACUCUCUGGGCACAGUGAGCGAUGUUAUCACCCCAGAUAUCAACGACCACGGUAACACGGCUCUGCACAUCGCUGUCCGUAAUCGGCACCACUCCAUCAUCCAACUUUUGGUCGAGACAGGCACCGACAUCAACUCACCAAAUCAUCAACAAAUGACCGCUCUGCAAAUAGCCAUCAGUUCCGCCAACACAAGUACUGCACAGUUUCUUCUCGAGCUGGGUGCUGAUGUUACCGGGACCACCGUCAACGGAGAGACGGCCUUGCAUCUCGCUGCACGCGUUGGAGACGUAGCAAUGGUUGAGUCACUCCUACAACGUUGCCCGUCCAUAAACGUUAGGAAUCACUGUGGAGAGACAGCCUUACACGCUGCAGUCACAGCCGGCCAUGAGGAAGUGGUCAGGGUCAUGUUGGCACAUGGUGUGGACCCUCAGGCGAAGGUCGGCAUUCAAACACCUGUUGACGCCACGUUUGACUGGAAUAUGAUCAUGGAUCUUUGA